UUUUUCAUUUUUUGAAAAACCUCCAUACUGUUUUCCACAGUGACUGCACCAAUUUGCAUUCCCACCAAGAAUCAGUGCAUGAGGAUUACUUUUUCUCCACAUCCUCACCAACACUUGUUAUUCUUUGUCUUUGUAGCCUUUCUGACAAAUGUGAUAUUUCAUUGUGGUUUUGAUUUGCGCUUCCCUGAUGAUUAGUGACGUUCAGCAUUUUUUCCUAUGUCUGAGUUUAUUUAAUUAAAGGUAAUUUUUUUAAAUGUAUGGUGCAAGCCUUUGGCACAUCCUUCACUAUAUUUUUCAUUCCUUACUUCUCAUUUUCCUUCAACCAUAUAAAUAAAUCAAUAAAUAAUUAUUGAAUACUUGGACGUUUUCAGAACGAUGCUAUGUACUACAAGAGUCUCACAUGAAUAAAGAACAUGUUUCCGGCUUUCAAUAAUGUAAUGUUUACCAUGCCAGGUUCUAAGAAAUAUAACUGUCACUUAAGAUAUCACUAAGAGGGGGCACCUGCAUCAGUUAAGCAUCUGACUCUUGAUUUUAGCUCACGUUCUUGAUUUCUAUUUGUGGGUUCAAGCCCCACAUCAGGCUCUGCGUAGACAAUGCAGAGCCUGCUUGGGAUUCUCUGUCUCCUCUCUCUCUCUCUGCCCCUCUCCUGCUCAAGCUCGUGCUCUCUCUCUCUCUCUCUCUCAAUCUCUCAAAAAUGAAUAAACUUAAAAAAAAAAAGAUAUCAGAGAAUUGGUAAGAAUGGUGUUCCUUGAUCCAAGCUUCAGAAAUAUACUACACUAAAAACUUCCCCUAGAACUUCACCAUUCACAUUAGAUGUCAAAGAUGUUUCACAGGCCAGGGGCACCUGGGUGGCUCAGUCAGUUCAGCGUCUGACUUUGGCUCAGGUCAUGAUCUCAUGUAUUGUGGGUUUGAGCCAGCAUUGGGCUCUGUGCUGACAGCUUGCUUAGAACCUGGAGCCUGCUUCGGAUUCUGUAUCCCUCUCCCUCUGCCCCUCCCCUUCUCGUGCUUUGUCUUUCAAAAAUGAAUAAACGUUAAAAAAAAAAAAAAAAGAUGUUUCACAAGCCCUGUGAUAAGGAAACCCAGUUACUGUAUUUGACAGAGAAACUUUUUUUUUUUGAGUCAGACCUAAGAAAAUUCCUUCAGAUACUGAUAUUCUAUGGAAACAGUUUAGAAAAUUAUGGAUUAAAGAGCCUCAUAAGACAUUUUAUUAUUAAUGUUUGGCUGCAGACUCAGGGCCCUGAAAGUGUAGAGAAGAAAUAGAUCAUUAUGAUACAGCUUAGUGAAGAAGAGAACCUCAGAGGAGGUUGGCCUUUAAAAGAAAUAAAAGUGUGAUUGAAAAAAAGCAGAACACUGAGGUGAGGAAAGGGAAACUCAUGUCAUAACUCCCAAAAUGUUAAGAUUGAUUAUUUUGGGGGUUCAUGGGGAGUGAACAAAGGUGCAGGCAAUGAUUACUAGGAAUUUUGACUUUCUAAGUUAUACAUUUCUGUAUUUUUUAUGUGCUUGUUUUUACAGUACUUACUGUAUAAUACAAUGGCUUGUUCUUAAAAUCAGAUGCUAUCUCCCUAAAACUCACUAAGGUUGACCUAUCAGAUUAAGAAUAUGUGUAGAUGGUUCCUCAUAAUUUGUGGGCAUGUGUGUGUGUGCAUAUGUUUACAAACAGGUGUGCAAAUAUAAUAUCUUGGCCAAAACAAGUUGAAACACCAAGGUCAACCUGUGUUGCAAAUGUGGUCAGCACCUGUUGUUUAUUUCUCGAGUGUGGCUAACUUCCGGGAUAAGAAUGAACGAUGUGGUCUCUUACUAAAUCUCCCUUUUGGUUAGUCAUCCAGCCACUAUGUGGUGAAUUUAUACCUGAAACUAAUGAGCUUGAGACUAAGCUGAAAACAGCCAACUUGUGUUUCCUCACUAUAGUUUGACUUCUGUGAGAACUAUUUGGUGGUCUCCAAUUUCAGUGUAUUCAUUUUUUAAAAGUAUAGUUUAUUUAAAAAAUGACAAAUUCAGUUUUUACUUAAUAUUUAAUGAGCCACUUAUGCCUAAGGCACAAGAUAUGAUUCUGAUCUGAAAGUAUAACCAAGUUUGAAGGUAACUAAACUGAUAAAACCCUCUAGACAAAGGAAAUAUUUUAUAAAUAUUGAUGUCAGUUUGAAAAGCUAUUUUUUCCUUCAUCUCUCUAACAUAUUAUUAAGGAAAUUUUCUGAAUCUAGGAAAAAAGACACAUAUAAAUUUUUGUGUUGAGUGUAUAAAUAAAUGAAUACACAUAUAUGUAUAGCAAAGUAUAAGCAUAAUGCAGGGAUAAUAUGUAAGGUUGGACCAUGUAAAAUUGCUGAAAUUUGUUUCUGACAUCCAGGAAUGACAAUCGCUCACUCAUUAGUGGUCUCUCCUCACCUGAGUAGACAGUUUACCAGUUGCGUUGGGAUGGUAUUUUGACUCCACCUUGGGCCAGAAUUCCUCUCUUCUUGCCUCCUCCUGUCCUGUGUCAUUUUACUCUGUCUCUUAUUGUUUCCUAAACAUUACCAGACAGCCUGAUUACUUACAGUAGUCCUUAUAUGCUAAUCCAUUUCUUGGUUGGCAGAUUCUCAGACCUCUGGUCUCAAAGGUCAAAGGAAGUUCCUAUGUCAAGCUCAGUAGCACCGACACAGAAUCUGUCAAGUAUUGUUGAUCUUUCCUCCGUAUCUGUUCCUAUUCCUGUUACCUUCUAAGAUCAUCUAGAGGAUCCCAGAAAUUCAAGUGCCUGAGUACAUGUCAACCUUCUGUUGUCUGAUGUCACUUCUGAAUUGGUUGACAGGAGUUCUAAAGGCCUGUAUAGAAGACUGGCUCUGGGACGAAUGCUGUAAAGAAAAUAUGCUCCCCAAAUUCAAGCAUGCUUAUUUCUUUUCUGUCCCCUACAUUUCAUUCUCCAUCGCCCCCUCUAUGUUUACAGACUGAAAUAACUAUCAGCUUCCAUGGAUUAAGUAUCUAAAUUUUGAUGUGACUGUUCAUUAGUUUGAUUAUCACCAUGUAUGUAUUACGGACGCACAUGUAUACAAUGUCAACGCAAUGAUCUGAAAAUAGAAAAUUGCGAUGGGUUUUCUCCACAUGCAGUUUUAGUAAUACCAAAUCAAAUUACCUAGUUGAGGAGAAUUAGACUUAAUAGGAAGUGCUAAAAAUGAUCUGAGUUUUGUGACAGGCAUUUUUUAGUAGAAACAAAUGCAAUUGUUUGUUAUGGCUUUGGCAUGGCAUCAAAGGCUGCACUGCCUUCUUAGCUAUUGGUAAAGAAACUCUGUAACCAUAAUAGCAUUUGUCUCAGCCUCUGGCUCUGAAAACUACUAUCAGAAUGAAUGCCAGCUACCAUGCCAAAAAAGCUGGUUUUCACAUUAUUCCUUUCAGAAAUCGAGUGUAGAAACAGACUUAAAAGAUCCUGUAUUUUCUAUUCACCAGUGAAUAAAUGAAUAUCUGUUGCCAUUAAAUAUAGCAUUUAACUGGUAAAAGUCAAUGAGUAAUUUUUGAGCUACUUCUUUAUGUAAGGCCCUGGUGGGUAAUAUUGGUGCCUGGUAGGUGUUCAAUGAAUUUUUCUUAAAGUCAAAGAAGUAAGACAAAGGCCUGCUCUCAAGGACUUCAUAAUCUUCUCACUGGCGUAACAUGUGUCUGUAAAAUGCUUUUAUUUCAUCACAUACAUAAUCAAACCAUACCUAUGCAGGUAUUAGACUUCUCAUUUUACAGAAGAGGCAACCAAAACACAGAAGAAAUAAGAGAUAAGAGAUUUGGCCAAGAGCUCUGUAUUAGUCAGUGUUCUCCAGAGAACCAGAAUCAACAGGAAAGAUAAAUACAAAGGAUAUUUAUUGUGAGGAAUUGGCUCAUGCAAUUAUGAAAGAUUAAAAAGUCCCACGAUCUGCCAUCUGCAAACUAGAGACCAGGAAAGCUGGUGGUGUAAUUCAGUCCCAGGGCCUGGGAACCAGGGGAGCUGAGGCUGUAAAUCAGGAGAAGAUGAGAUGAGAUGUCCCAGCUCAAGCAGGGAGGCAGGAAGCAAAGGGUGAAUUCUUCCUUUUCCACUUUUAAGUCUAUUCAGGCCCUCUAAUAGAUUGGAUGAUGCCCCCUCCCCCACAUUGGAGAGGGCAAGCUACUUUACUGAGUCCACUAAUUCACAUGCUAAGCUCAUCCAGAGACCACAGACACACUCAGAAGGUUUAAUCUGGACACCUCAUGGCCAGUCAGGUUGACACAAAAUUAACCAUCACAGGUUCUGAGUUAGUUUAAUGAAGCCAAACUAAAAACAAGCCCUUCUAAUGCCUAAUAUAACACAAGUUUGAUCAAACCUCCCCUAAGUCUUACUAAAUCAGACUGGAAAGGAAGCAUCUUGGCACACAGAAGAAAACAAUAUCCUCUCCUUCAUUCGCUGAUGCCCCAAAUGAGUAGAAAAAGUAGUGUCAUGCUUUCAACAUGUGGCCUUCAGUUAAUAGUUUACUGUCAUAUAGUUGUUUGCUUAUCACAGUUGUAUCAUAUUGUAGGAUUGUACAUUUUUUAGUGAGUAAAAAGAAAAUCCACAUCUUACAAAAAAAAAUUAUUUUACUCAGUGGAAAGAAAAUGUUAAAACCUUGGGGUCCACAGUACUUUUUCAAGAUGCCAUGGAUUUUUUUCAAACAUUUAAUGUUGGAAAGUUAUUCUCAGAUCCAUUUUUAAUAUAUGUAUGUAUGCACAUUAAAGCACUUGCUUUUUUUAUUGGAAGGUAAGGGUUUUGUAGAAAUCCUUUAAAAGACUGAUUAUUAUGGAAAAUCAUUUUGAAAUUUGAGAACAUAAAUUACUUUCUGCCUUCCAAAUCUUCAUGGCAAAGAGACAUGCUCUGGAAAACUUUUCAAGCUCUUAAAAUUUUACAGUGAUGGAAAGGUUGCCUGACAUCCAUUACAGAUAAUAGUGCCUGUUACUCUCCUGUCGUUCUUCUCUCAAUCAUGGUUUUCCACCAAGCAACAUUAAACAGAGGAGAUAAAGACCAAAUACUCUUCUGAUGGGCUGAUACCCAUUUGAUCUAAUACAAAUGACAAAACAGGAAUAAUAAAGAGAGAAAACUGCUUUCCUCCUGGUUCUGUCAAUCACAAAUAGUACUGAAUUUAGUUCUACCUCUCAAAAUUUCAAAAUAUGUGACAUUGCUUUGUAUGCCUCUAUUUGUCCUUUGGUUGUUUCUGUAUUUAAAGAGACAAAAAGUGUUCAUUACAUAAAAUCUUUCCUAUGUUUUAAAUUUAUUUUGAAUGAUAACCUUUAAAUCUGAAACAAAUUCUGUGGUAAAAUUACACUUAAGAUGAGCCCUUUAUCACAAGGACUUGAGUAGGAAAAGACUUGCUGAAAACCUUUGGGGGGAUGAACUACAGCGCAGAAUUACAGUAGUCUUGCCAGCUGAAAUUGGAAGUCAUAUCGUUGCCCCUCAACUGAAUCGAGGGCAAAUCUGGCCCACUGCCUGUUUUUCUAAAUAAAGUGUUAUUAGAACACAGCCAUACUCAUUUCAUUUCUUCGUUGUCUGUGGUUGCUUUUGCAUUGCAACUUGCAGAGCUGAGUAGCUACAAGAGAUACCAUAUGCUCACAAAGUCUAAAAUAUUUACUAUCUGGUCCUUUACAGAAAAAGUUUGCCAAACCCUGUUGUAAAUAUUUCUCCUUUCCCUUCAUCUCCUGCAGACAGUAAUAACCAGUGGGAAAAGACAUAGCCUAAAAUCUCUUAGGACAAGAAGCAGAAUAUAAUGCAUCUUUUUCCUGGAUUGUGCAAGUGAUAUUUCUAGGCCCCUGACAGCCUCAUACAUUUCCAAGGGCCCAGCAAUCAGAAGUCAUUUCUGGGUCUUCAAUAGCAUGGCCUUCCUGCACUGUCCUCUGAACAGACACAGAACAUCAGAGUAUCCAAAACUAUAAUUUUUUAAAUGUUUUAUUUUUAUUUUUGAGAGAGAGAGAGAGAGAGAGUGUGGGGGUGGAACAGAGAGGUUGGGGGACAGAGGAUCCAAAGUGGGCUCUGCGCUGACAGCAGAGAGCCCGAGGCGGGGCUCCAACUCACAAACCGUGAGAUAUUGACCUGAGCCAAAGUUGGACGCUCAACCAACUGAGCCACCCAGGCACUCCCAAAACUACAAUUUUAACUGGUGGUGAUGUUAGGGUUCAUUUAGUGCAUUCCUGUCACCGUACUGAUGAGAAAACUGAGGUAUGUUUCCAGUUUAAAAUAAAAGGAUGGGUUUCCAUGAAAACUGAGGAUUUAGGGCAAAACAUCCAUACUAUUAACUACUUUUGACUUUUACAUCUUCCAUUAUCACUUAAUUUGUUUUAGUUUCAACUCUGCACCUGAAACAAUAACAAAAUUUAAGUUAAACACAUCUAGAAUUUUCAGUGGAGGGAACAGUAUUACAUUAGCUACAGCCACAUUUUGCCUCCUUUUUUUUCCAGUUGUGUUUAUAUCCACAUGGAAUCAUCAACUUCAAUGUUUUGGUCACAAAACAAGCAAACAAGCAAGCAAAACUUUGAUGUCUGUCUAUACAACAGCAGGGAGAGAAUGCAGACCCUUUUACUUACUUACGAGACCCUGGAGGAGUGUCUACGGUUUUUAAAGCUGACUGCAAAUAUAUUUUUGGAGGCAGGAAGUACGUGCUGUCUAGUGUCUGUUUGCUGCUUGCCAACUUUGCUGGUCCAUAAAAUACUUCAGUGACUCCACAUAGUGUGGUGCUGGCUUUCAGCUUCCUUUCAACUCAAGUCACCAAGAGCAACAAGUGCCAUUGUAGACGGAUCCCAAGAGAAACAUGUAUCUUCCAUAUCCCUUGGGCAGUUUUCUCCUUGUCUUUGGUUGCUUGAUUUUGUCAGUGUUUUCCACCAUCCCUGAGCACACAAAAUUGGCCUCAAGUUGCCUCUUGAUUCUGGAGUUCGUGAUGAUUGUCGUCUUUGGUUUGGAGUUCAUCAUUCGAAUCUGGUCUGCAGGUUGCUGUUGUCGGUAUAGAGGAUGGCAAGGAAGACUGAGAUUUGCCCGAAAGCCCUUCUGUGUUAUAGAUACCAUUGUUCUUAUCGCUUCGAUAGCAGUUGUUUCUGCAAAAACUCAGGGUAAUAUUUUCGCCACGUCUGCACUCAGAAGUCUCCGUUUCCUACAGAUCCUCCGUAUGGUGCGCAUGGACCGAAGGGGAGGCACUUGGAAAUUACUAGGUUCGGUGGUUUAUGCUCACAGCAAGGAAUUAAUCACGGCUUGGUACAUAGGAUUUUUGGUUCUUAUUUUUUCAUCUUUCCUUGUCUAUCUUGUGGAAAAGGAUGCCAAUAAAGAGUUUUCUACAUAUGCAGAUGCUCUCUGGUGGGGCACAAUUACAUUGACAACGAUUGGCUAUGGAGACAAAACUCCCCUAACUUGGCUGGGAAGAUUGCUUUCUGCAGGCUUUGCACUCCUUGGCAUUUCUUUCUUUGCACUUCCUGCCGGCAUUCUUGGCUCGGGUUUUGCAUUAAAAGUACAAGAACAGCACCGCCAGAAACACUUUGAGAAAAGAAGGAACCCAGCUGCCAACCUCAUUCAGUGCGUUUGGCGUAGUUAUGCAGCUGAUGAGAAAUCUGUUUCCAUUGCAACCUGGAAGCCACACUUGAAGGCCUUGCACACCUGCAGCCCCACCAAGAAAGAACAAGGGGAAACAUCAAGCAGUAAGUUCUGUAGUAAUAAGCAGAAGCUCUUCAGAAUGUACACCUCACGGAAGCAGAGUCAGAAGCUAAGUUUUAAGGAGCGAGUACGCAUGGCUAGCCCAAGGGGCCAGAGUAUUAAGAGCAGACAAGCCUCAGUAGGUGACAGGAGGUCCCCGAGCACCGACAUCACAGCCGAGGGCAGCCCCACCAAAGUGCAGAAAAGCUGGAGCUUCAACGACCGAACCCGCUUCCGGCCCUCACUGCGCCUCAAAAGUUCUCAGCCUAAACCAGUGAUAGACGCUGACACAGCGCUUGGCACUGAUGAUGUAUAUGAUGAAAAGGGCUGCCAGUGUGACGUAUCAGUAGAAGACCUCACCCCACCGCUUAAAACGGUCAUUCGAGCUAUCAGGAUUAUGAAAUUUCAUGUUGCAAAACGGAAGUUUAAGGAAACAUUACGCCCAUAUGAUGUAAAAGAUGUCAUUGAACAAUAUUCUGCUGGUCAUCUAGACAUGUUGUGUAGAAUUAAAAGUCUCCAAACACGUGUCGACCAAAUUCUUGGAAAAGGGCAAAUCACAUCAGAUAAAAAGAGCCGAGAGAAAAUAACAGCAGAACAUGAGACCACUGAUGAUCUCAGUAUGCUCGGCCGUGUGGUCAAGGUUGAAAAACAGGUGCAGUCCAUCGAGUCCAAGCUGGACUGCCUACUAGAUAUAUAUCAACAGGUCCUCCGGAAAGGCUCUGCCUCUGCCCUCACUUUGGCCUCAUUCCAGAUCCCACCUUUUGAAUGUGAACAGACAUCUGACUAUCAAAGCCCUGUGGAUAGCAAAGACCUGUCCAGUUCCGCACAGAACAGUGGCUGCUUAUCCAGAUCAGCUAGUGCCAACAUCUCUCGAGGCCUGCAGUUCAUUCUGACGCCAAAUGAGUUCAGCGCUCAGACUUUCUAUGCGCUUAGCCCUACUAUGCACAGUCAAGCAACACAGGUGCCAAUGAGUCAAAGUGAUGGCUCUGCAGUGGCAGCCGCCAACAACAUUGCAAACCAAAUAAAUGUGGCACCCAAGCCAGCAGCCCCAACAACUUUACAGAUCCCGCCUCCUCUCCCAGCCAUCAAGCAUCUACCCAGGCCAGAAACCCUGCACCCAAACCCCGCAGGCUUACAGGAAAGCAUUUCUGAUGUCACCACCUGCCUUGUUGCCUCCAAGGAAAAUGUUCAGGUUGCACAGUCAAAUCUGACCAAGGACCGUUCUCUAAGGAAAAGCUUUGAUAUGGGAGGAGAAACUCUGUUAUCUGUCCACCCCGUGGUGCCCAAGGACUUGGGAAAAUCCCUAUCAGUGCAAAACCUGAUCAGGUCAACGGAGGAACUGAAUAUACAGCUUUCUGGAAGUGAGUCAAGUGGCUCCAGAGGCAGCCAGGAUUUUUACCCCAAAUGGAGGGAAUCCAAAUUGUUUAUAACUGAUGAAGAGGUGGGUCCUGAAGAGACUGAGACAGACACGUUUGACGCUGUGCCGCAGCCUGCCAGGGAAACUGCUUUUGCGUCAGACUCUCUAAGGACUGGAAGGUCACGAUCAUCUCAGAGCAUUUGUAAGGCAGGAGAAAGUACAGAAGCCCUCAGCUUGCCUCAUGUCAAACUGAAAUAAGUUCUUCGUUUUCCUUCUAGCAUAGCAGUUCCUUUAGCCAGACAUAUCAUUGCAUGAACUAUUUCGAAAGCCCUUCUAAAAAGUUGAAAUUGCAAGAAUCAGGAAGAACACGAAAGAAAGUUUAUAAGCCCGUUAUCUUUUAAUUGCAUGAAAAUGCAUGUUAGGGAUGGCUGAAAUUCCAAGGUACAUCAACAUUAACCCACUCAUUUAGUAAUGUACCUUGAGUUAAAAAUCCUGAGAAACCAAACACUGCUAAUGCUUUGGGGUGUGUGACAAUGUCAAGAUUAGGUCAUUUAGAAGAUUUGACUCUGUGUUUUAAAAUUAUGGGAGUAAACAACUUCAAAUUUCAGGCGUUUCUGCUUUGUGAUUAAAUACAAAAUACAUUUUCAAAAUUAGGCCAUAAUGUAUAUGUAAACACAAUGGCUACCAUCAACCGCUGCUAACAAGGUAUCAAGGAAAGCAGAACUUGGGAAUAAUAAUAGAAACGGCUGCUUAUUUCAAGAUAUAUUUACCAACCCAUUCCUAUCCAGUCAUUUUAUUAUUAAUGUAAUUUGAAUGUCAAUCUGUGUGCUUUUGGUGAUUUAACGCUGUGGCAAGCAAUUUUGCACAUCAUUUUCAUGUUGUUCUUUAGGACGAGAAUGUUCUUCAGUUAGAAAGUGUGCAAAUAAUGAAAUUCAGGGCCAGUGGGGCAAAUAGACUAUUUGAUACAUGUGAGUUCAUGGGAAGGUAUUCCUCGAUGGCUAAAUCACCUUUAUAAGUGGUCGACUUCUACACAAGCGAAUACAAUACGGAUGAGUAGAAGGACCAGUGCGGCUGGGCUGAUCUCUCUGCAAUGGCGCCACCCCCGGCUUGCUGUAGUGUCAGAAACCAUUCCCGCCGAAUUGACAGGCAGGAUCCUGGGGAAUUAGACAUUGGAGUGAGACUGAAACGGGAAAGGCUUGAAAAGAAUCCAGACACAACACCAGGAAGUGGGUGAAGUUAAUGAAAAUAGCCUCACCCUCAGAGGGUAAAGAGAGGGAGAAAAACAAACCAAAACAGAAGAACUUGAUCUUUUUAGAAAAUGAAUAUUACUAGGGAAUCUCAACUACCUAAACAUCCCUUCGUCU